UUGGUGGUGAGGAGGAUGAAGAAGAACAAGGCGUCUUCUUAUGUGAUCUCAGUGGGCGAGCCUGACGAGGCUGAGAGCGUUGUGGGAACAUUGAGAUCCAACAAAAAGCGGACUGAGUUCACACUGUAUGACGACGCUAGAGACCCUGGCGAGAUCAAUGAAGCUCUGCUGGCGGAGGCGUGCAUGAAGGAGCUCGCAGCGAUCAGCUACGAGAAGAUGCUGGGAUUUAGAAGACCACAGCAGAUGUCCGUCGUCAUGCCUGGCAUGGACAAGAACCUCAAGCGGCGUCCUGUUUACGUUUACACAGCUGAGCGGACAAGUUGGUGAUGCAGUUUGGUCGUGUGGAUGAAGAUCACUUUGCACUGGACUACAAUUUCCCCUUGUGUGCGCUGCAAGCCUUCGCCAUCGCCCUGUCCUGCUUCGACAAAUGACCUCAGUGAAACCUUACACGUGUGUUGUCCUCAUUUCUCUUCAUUACA